GGCGGGACGUGCCGCGCUGCACGCAGUAGCGGCCGUAGCUGGGCCCCGACACCAGCCGCUGCGGCCUCCGACCGGGCGCUGCUGCGGAGAUUAAGAACUAUAAAGUGAUCCUGAUGAGUCUCUUCCAGUUUACCAGUAGAAGGCUGGUUUCGCAAGCAUAUUGUGGACUUAAGCCUCCUUCUUCCAAGAAACAAAAGAUUUGCUUAGAAAUGGCUCGCCCUAAUUCAAAUAUGGCGGAUUUUCGAGAAGUGUUUGCCAAAGCAAAGCAUAUAGCCAUUAUUACAGGGGCUGGUGUUAGCGCCGAGAGUGGUGUUCCUACCUUCAGAGGCACAGGGGGCUACUGGAGAAAAUGGCAAGCUCAGGAACUGGCUACCCCAGAAGCCUUUGCAAGGAACUCCUCCCGUGUGUGGGAAUUUUAUCAUUACCGGCGGGAGCUGAUGUUGAGUAAACAACCAAAUCCAGCACAUAUUGCCAUUGCAGAGUGUGAAGCCAGACUGAGCAAACAGGGAAGGAGUGUUGUGGUCAUUACUCAGAACAUUGAUGAGCUCCACAGAAAGGCAGGCACAAAACACCUCUUAGAAAUUCAUGGUAGCUUAUUCAAAACCCGAUGCACCAGCUGUGGAAAUGUGGCAGAGAAUUACAAGAGUCCAAUAUGUCCAGCUUUGGCUGGGAAAGGUGCUCCAGACCCUGAAAUAGAAGAUGCCAAGAUUCCAGUGGAAAAUCUUCCUCGGUGUGAAGAGCAAGGCUGCAAUGGCCUCCUCCGUCCCCAUGUUGUGUGGUUUGGAGAAACUCUGAAUUCUGACAUUCUUACAGAGGUUGAAAAUGAACUUGAGAUCUGUGACCUCUGUUUGGUGGUGGGAACCUCUUCUGUGGUGUAUCCUGCUGCUAUGUUUGCUCCUCAAGUAUCUGCCAGAGGAGUGCCAGUUGCAGAAUUUAACAUGCAAGCCACCCCUGCUACAAAUAGGUUCAGAUUUCAUUUCCCAGGUCCCUGUGGUACCACCCUGCCUCCAGCGCUUGCUCGCCAUAAAACUGAACUAAUCUCAUGAGCAUUCAUCUGAGGAAGGGAGGGGAAAUAAUUAAAUUGCUAAGAAUAUCAAGAAGUACACACAAGGUGAAAUGGAUGUUUGUAGAAGAAACCCUAAGUGUUGUAAGGAGA